ACCAUCUCUCUCUGUCUCUCUCUCUCUCUCUUCCUAAUAGAACCAAAGUCAGAUGUAGAUAUAUUGGACAAAUGAGCUUAAGCAAGAGAUUCACGACCACUAAUAUCUUAGCUUUUUAGGACUAUUUAUUUCUUUAGGACAAUUAUUAUACUUUAAAGGUCAUUAAAUUUAAAUUUGUUUUUGUUUUUUUUGUUAAAAAGUUGUUGUUUAGAAAAUAUUUGUAUACAAUUAACACAAUUCAUAAAGAAAAGAGAAAAAACAUCUUUGUUGUUUAAGUGUUUAACCAAUGCUGCUAGGUCGUAAGUAUAUAUUAUUAUUUAAUAAGGGAAGCGGAAAUAACAUUCCGAUACAUGACGAUAUGCAAUCGCUCUCUAUGAAGAUGUUAGCUAACAAGGCUAAUUAAGCAAAAGAGAUUAUUCAUGCCACUAAUUUUUUUAAGUUUUUAGGACUAUUUAAUUUCUUUUGGACAAAUGUUAUAAAUAUUUUUUUUUUGUCAACAGAAAUGUUAUAAUUUAAGAGUCAUGAUUUGUUUUUUUUGGGUUAAAAUGUUGUUGUUAAAGAAAGCCAUUAUUCUGGGUCUCAUAUUUAGAACCUAAGUUUGGAAUAAUAAUUGGAGUUUUGGAUAAGUUCUGUGUGGACGUCGAAAAAUGUUGGAUUGGACCACUACGUAGAUAUAUAUAUCUUUUAUUUUGGAGUUUCUAACCACACAGAAAGUACAAUAGUUGAGAUAUUUUCAAGGAAUGGUGGUAAACUGAGAAUGGGUUAUACUGCUGAUACAAUGCACUCCAUUAUGACAGACUUGGAUCUUUCUCUCGCACAAUUUUCGCUGUUUGGUUCGCUCUCGACGUUUGGAGGAAUGUUCGGUUCAAUAUUCAGCGCCAAAGCUGCAGCUGCCUUCGGUUAUAAAAUGACGUUGUGGCUCGCUGAUUUAUUCUGCAUAACUGGUUGGCUUGCAAUUGCACUAGCCAAGGAUAUUAUUUGGCUUGACAUGGGACGGAUUUUGGUGGGAAUUGGAGUUGGUCUCGUUAGUUACGUGAUUCCUGUAUAUGUUGCCGAAAUAACACCCAAACACGUUCGAGGGGCUUUUACAUUUAGCAAUCAGCUGAUGCAAAACUUUGGAAUUGCAAUCGUAUAUUACUUUGGGAAUUUCGUGUCAUGGAGAACUUUAGCCUUAAUCGGUAGUAUUCCAUGUUGGAUACAAGUUAUUGGUUUGUUCUUCAUACCUGAGUCUCCCAGAUGGCUGGCGAAAAACGACCGUGACAAAGAAGUUGAAGUAGUCCUUCAAAAGUUAAGAGGACCAAACUAUGAUAUUGUGCCCGAAGCUUGUGAAAUCAAGAUUUCAGUUGAAGCUUCGAAACGAAGGUCGAAUAUCAGCAUUCGUACUCUUUUCAAAAAGAAAUAUGCUCAUCAACUUACAAUAGGCAUAGGUUUGAUGGUUCUGCAACAGUUAUGUGGAUCGGCUGGAAUAGGUGGUUACGGAACCACUAUAUUUAAUCAUGCCGGGUUUCCUGCUCGGAUCGGGAUGAUGGUGUUGUCUUUUAUCGUCGUACCAAAAUCUUUUAUGGGUCUACUCCUCGUGGAUCGAUGGGGAAGACGUCCACUUCUUAUGGCUUCAGGAUCUGGGUUAUGUAUGAGCUGUAUCACAUUAGCAGUAGCGUUUAUAGUGAAAGAUGACCCGGAGCUUGGGAAAAUUACUCCAAUUCUCUGUUUCAUUGGAAUAUUGUCAUUUACGAUGAUGUUUGCAAUUGGGAUGGGAGCGUUGCCGUGGAUUAUAAUGUCUGAGAUAUUUCCAAUGGAUAUAAAGGUAUUAGCUGGGAGUUUAGUGACCAUAACCAAUUGGUUCACUGGUUGGAUCGCCAACUAUUGUUUCAAUUUUAUGUUCUUUUGGAGCCAAACAGGGACAUUUAUAAUAUCCGCUGCAGUAUGUGGAGGAACAGUUGUAUUCACAUGGUGGUUGGUGCCGGAGACUCGAGGAUUGACGUUAGAAGAAAUCCAACAGUCGUUUGGCAAUGUUUAGGGUUCAUCAGAGAGAUAUAUUCAAUGCAUUAAAAGGUUGAUAUAUAUAAUAUCCUACAUCCUUUGCUAAUUUUAGUAGUAUAAAGUUUCCAUUGUGUAAUUUAAUUCACAAGAUUUAUUUUUGUAAAAUAAUGUAAACUAUUUUUUUUUAAUUUCUUUUGGUUUGUAACACAAUACAGAUUCCAAUUCAGAUGAUGAUUGCAUUAAAUGUAUAAACUACUAA